CUCAACUUCUACCGCCUGCACCUCCUCACCUUCAUCUUUGUGCCGCUGAUCAUGUCGGGCAUCUUCUACGCGAGCAAUGGCCCGUCCGAGGAGAACCAGAUUGCCUACGUCGAUGCGCUCUUCAUGGUCGUCAGCGCGAUGACCGUCACGGGCCUCAACUCGGUCCUGUUCGUGAGCAUGACCCUGUGGCAGCAGGUCAUCAUCUUUUUCAUGAUGACGAUCGGCUCGACGUCGUUCGUGUCCAUCAUCGUCAUCGUCAUUCGUCGCCAGUUCUUCCGCAACAAGUUCGAGUACAUGGUCGCCAACGACGCGUUGCGGGUCAUCAACGAGCGUGCGUCCCCCCUCUCUCCCUUCACGAGUCUCCCACGAUGUACUGACCCUCCUCGUCCCCCUCGCAGUAUCCAGAUCGACGAGUCGGCACGGCCGCCGAGGAACUUCCGCGGCCGCAGGAGCAGCGACUCGGCUGCGUCGCCGCACCGCGCCCCGGGCGCCGCAUUCCCUCGUACGCGCACGCUCGGUCCGUCCUCGUCGCCUCUCUCUCUGUGUCACCACCGCCACCUUCAGGGCAUCACCGAGUCGCCCUCGUCUAUCGGCACCCCGACCUCGCCCACCUUCCGCCACCGUGACCUCGAGAUGGGCCACACGCGCACGAUCGAGUUCCGCGACGCCGACGACCGCCCCGACCUGCGCAUGCGCCGCAAUCGCACCAUCGCCAUCGACCCCGACUUUCCGACGCCGCGCCGCGGCUCGCACUCGACGACGAUGCGCAACAUGGACGCGCGCACGUUCACGCGCACGACGACGCUCGACCAGGCGGCCAUGCACACGGGCUUUGGCGGGUUCCCGAACCCGCUCGUCGCCGUCGCCGGCCUCGCUCGUCAGCGCAUCCCGGCCGUGCGCAACGUGUUCGACCGCAACCUGACGAUGCCGCGCACGACGACCAUGAUGUCGACGCACUCGCACGGCGACGGCGCCGGCUCGACGGGCGGCCCUGUCUCCUACAUCUCGUUCGACGCGAUCGUCGGGCGCAACUCCAAGUUUCACGGCCUCACCAACGCGCAGCAAGAAGAGCUCGGCGGCGUCGAGUUCCGCGCCCUGACGGUCCUGCUCCGCAUCGUCGUCGCGUACUGGCUCGGCAUGCAGCUCCUCGCCGUGCUCGUCCUCGCGCCGUGGCUGUCGCGCUCGCCGCGGUGGGACGACGUCAUCCAGGGCGAGUGGGAGGUCGUCAACUCGACGUGGUUCGUCUUCUUCCAGGUCUGGUCGGCGUUCAGCAACAACGGCAUGAGCACGGUCGACGCGUCCAUGGUUCCCUUCCAGCGCUGCUACUGGCUGAUCAUCGUCAUGAGCAUCCUCAUCCUCGGCGGCAACACGGCGUUCCCCAUCUUGUGCUUGCCCGCUCGCAGCUGGACUUUCUCCAAGGUCGUCCCGCGUCGGUCGCAGCUGCGCGAGACGCUCCAGUUCCUCCUCGACCACCCUCGGCGAUGCUUUAUCUACCUCUUCCCGUCUCACCAAACCUGGUUCCUCGUUUUCACGCUCGUGUGCCUCAACGGUAUCGACUGGGCCUGCUUCCUCGUGCUCGACAUCGGCAACCCGGUCAUCGAGGCCAUCCCGGUCGGGACGCGCGUCAUCGAUGGCCUCUUGCAGGCGUUCGCCGUCCGAGCUGCAGGCUUCUCGAUCGUCUCGCUCUCGUCGGUCGCGCCGGCUCUUCAGUUCCUCUACGUCAUCAUGAUGUACAUUGCCGUCUACCCCAUUGCCGUCUCGAUCCGAGCGACCAACGUGUACGAGGAGAAGUCGAUGGGUACAACAGGCGUCUACGACGAGGACUUUGACGAGGACCCGGACGACGCCGAGGCGCGGUUCGAGAAGUCGCACUCGGCGACGCAGUACAUCGGGUACCACGCGCGCAAGCAGCUCGCCUUCGACUUGUGGUGGCUCGGUCUCGCCGUCUGGCUCAUCUGCAUCGUCGAGCGACACCGCCUCGGCAGCACCGACUGGCCCGAGGUGUCCAUCUUCACCCUGAUCUUUGAGAUCACCUCGGCGUACGGCACGGUCGGCCUCAGCCUGGGCAACACUCGGACAAACACGUCGCUCGCCGGCGUCCUGUCGCCCCUCAGCAAGCUCAUCAUCAUCGCCGUCAUGAUCCGUGGCCGUCACCGCGGCCUGCCCAUCGCCAUCGACCGCGCCGUCCUCCUGCCCUCGGACCUCGCCAAGCACGGCGACGACACGACGACCGUCGCCUCUGCCGAGCCCGGAGGUGGGCCGGGGCCCGGCGACUUUGUCUUGCGCAGCCGGGGCACGAGGAGCUCGUUCGGGAGCCACCAGGCCCCGGUCGACGCCGGCGGGCUCGACGCCGUCGCGCCCCUCACCGACGCACAGCGCAGCCGUCAGGCGUCGGCCAUGGUCGGCAGCGGCGACGACAUGCGCGACGCCGACCUCGGGCUCGCGAGCCUCGGCGAGUCGCCCAACGAGAAGAGCGAGUCGACGGGCGCGAGCGCGACCGACAGCUCGGAAUCGAUCGCCAAGCGCAAGCUCGACGACCCGCAGCCCGAGCCGCCGCACGACCGCAACCAGGAGGGAUGGCGAUGA